AGGAAUGGAGUCGGUAAAACAAAGGAUUUUGACUCCCGGCAAGGAGGGAUUGAAGAAUUUUGCUGGAAAAUCGCUCGGUCAGCUCUACAGAGUCCUCGAGAAGAGGCAGAAGCCCGGGGACACCAUCGAGCUGACCGAAGAUGGAAAGCCCAUGGAAGUGCCCGAAAAGAAAGCCCCGCUGUGCGACUGCACCUGCUUCGGGCUGCCCCGGCGGUAUAUCAUCGCCAUCAUGAGCGGACUGGGAUUCUGCAUUUCCUUCGGCAUCCGAUGUAACCUGGGAGUGGCCAUCGUGGAUAUGGUCAAUAACAGCACCAUACACCGAGGAGGAAAAAUUAUAAAAGAGAAAGCGAAGUUUAACUGGGAUCCCGAAACGGUCGGCAUGAUCCACGGCUCUUUUUUCUGGGGGUACAUCAUCACGCAGAUCCCCGGAGGGUACAUCUCGUCCCGGCUGGCAGCGAACAGAGUAUUUGGUGCUGCUAUACUGCUGACAUCUUCCCUCAACAUGCUAAUACCAUCUGCAGCCAGGGUGCACUAUGGAUGUGUCAUCUUCGUUAGGAUCUUGCAGGGCCUUGUGGAGGGGGUCACCUACCCUGCCUGCCACGGGAUUUGGAGCAAGUGGGCCCCCCCAUUGGAAAGAAGUAGGUUAGCAACCACUUCCUUCUGUGGUUCCUAUGCAGGAGCUGUCAUUGCAAUGCCUUUAGCUGGGAUUCUGGUGCAAUAUACUGGGUGGUCUUCUGUGUUCUAUGUAUAUGGGAGCUUUGGUAUAGUCUGGUACAUGUUUUGGCUUUUGGUUUCAUAUGAGAGUCCUGCAAAGCAUCCUACAAUUACAGAUGAAGAAAGGAGAUACAUAGAAGAAAGCAUUGGAGAGAGUGCCAACCUCCUAGGUGCAAUGGAAAAAUACAAAACACCAUGGAGAAAAUUUUUUACAUCUAUGCCAGUCUAUGCAAUAAUAGUUGCAAACUUCUGUAGAAGCUGGACUUUUUACUUGCUGCUAAUUAGUCAGCCUGCUUACUUUGAGGAAGUGUUUGGAUUUGAAAUAAGCAAGGUGGGUAUUUUAUCUGCUGUGCCACAUUUAGUGAUGACAAUUAUUGUUCCUAUUGGGGGACAAAUUGCUGACUUUUUAAGAAGCAGGCAGAUUGUUUCAACGACUAAUGUGAGAAAGAUAAUGAACUGUGGAGGUUUUGGUAUGGAAGCAACUCUUCUUCUGGUGGUGGGAUAUUCACACAGCAAAGGAGUGGCUAUUUCAUUCUUAGUGCUUGCUGUAGGCUUUAGUGGAUUUGCCAUAUCUGGAUUCAAUGUCAACCAUUUAGACAUUGCCCCAAGGUAUGCUAGCAUUUUAAUGGGGAUUUCUAAUGGAGUCGGGACCUUGUCUGGAAUGGUUUGCCCUAUAAUUGUUGGAGCAAUGACAAAGAACAAGACACGUGAAGAAUGGCAGUAUGUCUUCCUCAUUGCUGCUUUAGUCCAUUAUGGAGGUGUGAUCUUCUAUGGCAUAUUUGCUUCAGGAGAGAAACAGCCCUGGGCAGACCCUGAGCAGACAAGUGAAGAGAAAUGUGGCUUUAUUCAUGAAGAUGAACUUGCUGAGGAGACAGGGGACAUUACUCAGAAUUAUGUAAAUUAUGGUACCACCAAGUCUUACGGUGCUACAACCCAGGUCAAUGGUGGCUGGCCUAAUGGCUGGGAGAAAAAAGAGGAAUUUGUACAAGAGGAAGUACAAGACUCAUACAACUACAAGGAAAGAGAUUAUUCAUAACAAACUUAAAUAUUUGGUAUAUUUU